UCCGCGGCUCCCGCGCUCCCGGCGAGGCUCCGGCGCCCGGCGCGGACGGGCACACGGACGGACAGCACCGGGACUCCUCAGCCCGCGCCUCCCGGGCGGGCUAUGUUGAUUGCCCCGCCGGGGCCGGCCCGCGGGAUCAGAGGAGCCCGGCCCGCGGCCCCGGCGGCCAGCGGGGACUAUGAACCGGAAAGCGCGGCGCUGCCUGGGCCACCUCUUUCUCAGCCUGGGCAUGGUCUACCUACGGAUCGGUGGCUUCUCCUCGGUGGUGGCUCUGGGCGCGAGCAUCAUCUGUAACAAGAUCCCAGGCCUGGCCCCCAGACAACGGGCGAUCUGCCAGAGCCGGCCCGACGCCAUCAUCGUCAUAGGAGAAGGCUCACAAAUGGGCCUCGACGAGUGUCAGUUUCAGUUCCGCAAUGGCCGCUGGAACUGCUCGGCGCUGGGGGAGCGCACCGUCUUCGGGAAGGAGCUCAAAGUGGGGAGCCGGGAGGCGGCCUUCACGUACGCCAUCAUUGCUGCGGGCGUGGCCCACGCCAUCACGGCUGCCUGCACCCAGGGCAGCCUGGGCGACUGCGGCUGUGACAAGGAGAAGCAAGGCCAGUACCACCGGGACGAGGGCUGGAAGUGGGGUGGCUGCUCUGCCGACAUCCGCUACGGCAUCGGCUUCGCCAAGGUCUUUGUGGAUGCCCGGGAGAUCAAGCAGAAUGCCCGCACUCUCAUGAACUUACACAAUAACGAGGCGGGCCGCAAGAUCCUGGAGGAGAACAUGAAGCUGGAGUGCAAGUGCCACGGCGUGUCGGGCUCCUGCACCACCAAGACCUGCUGGACCACGCUGCCCCAGUUCCGGGAGCUGGGCUACGUGCUCAAGGACAAGUACAAUGAGGCGGUUCACGUGGAGCCCGUGCGGGCCAGCCGCAACAAGCGGCCCACCUUCCUGAAGAUCAAGAAGCCGCUGUCCUACCGCAAGCCCAUGGACACGGAGCUGGUCUACAUCGAGAAGUCCCCCAACUACUGCGAGGAGGACCCGGUGACGGGCAGCGUGGGCACGCAGGGCCGUGCCUGCAACAAGACGGCGCCCCAGGCCAGCGGCUGUGACCUCAUGUGCUGCGGCCGCGGCUACAACACCCACCAGUAUGCCCGCGUGUGGCAAUGCAACUGCAAGUUCCACUGGUGCUGCUACGUCAAAUGCAACACCUGCAGCGAGCGCACCGAGGUGUACACCUGCAAGUGAGCCCGCCGGCGGCCGCGCCUGCCCCGGGCGGCCGAGGACGCAGGGAGGAGCCCUGAGCCCGCCUCUCCUGCGGGGUGGGGGGCUCCUCGGCGGGCAGGAGCGCCCCAGAGCCCCCCGCGCCUCUCUCCCACCCCCGGGCACCCCGGCGGCCCCCCUCGGGGGCAGAGCGUUCUCAGCAGGAACUCUGGACCCUUGGGCCUCAUCAUAGCAAUAUUUAACAAUUUAUUCUGAUAAAAAUAAUAUUAAUUUAUUUAAUUAAAAAGAAUCCUCUCACCUCGUCGGGAUCCGUUUUCUGCAAUCAAAGUGGACCACUUGCUUUCCUUGCAGGAUGAUUUUGCCGCUAGGACCAGGAGCCAAGUAGAACUGUACAUAAUUAUUCUUUCUGCAGCUACGUCUACUAGUUGAUUUCGCAAGCACCCCCUCGCAGUGCCGCUGUUUAAGUACAAGAACAGACGUCCUCGCGACGUAACUAGCUAUAUAUAUAUA